UGUAUCAAUAUCCAUGUGGGCCAGGCCGGAUGUCAGAUGGGCAAUGCAUGUUGGGAGUUGUACUGUUUAGAACAUGGUAUCCAGCCUGAUGGUCAGAUGCCAUCAGAUAAAACUAUUGGAGGUGGAGACGAUUCCUUCAAUACUUUCUUCAGUGAAACAGGAGCUGGUAAACAUGUUCCUAGAGCUAUCUUUGCAGAUCUCGAAUCUAGUGUUGUCGAUGAGGUACGAACUGGUACAUACCGUCAACUGUUCCACCCUGAACAACUCAUCACUGGUAAAGAAGAUGCCGCCAACAAUUACGCUCGAGGACACUACACCGUCGGUAAAGAAGCCAUCGACCUGGUUCUGGACAAAAUCAGGAAAUUGACAGAGCAGUGUACUGGUCUCCAGGGGUUCCUCAUCUUUCAUAGCUUCGGUGGAGGAACUGGUUCUGGUUUUACAUCUCUGCUUUUGGAGCGCUUGAGCUUAGAUUAUGGCAAAAAAUCGAAAUUGGAAUUCGCCAUCUAUCCAGCUCCUCAAAUAUCCACUGCUGUGGUUGAACCUUACAACGCUAUCCUCACCACACAUACGACACUGGAACAUACAGAUGUCGCUUUCAUGGUGGAUAACGAAGCUAUUUACGACAUCUGCCGACGUAACCUUGACGUUGGUAGACCAACUUACACCAACCUCAACAGAAUCAUCGCACAGGUUGUAAGUUCUAUCACAGCUUCUCUCCGAUUUGAUGGCGCCCUGAAUAUUGAUUUAACAGAAUUCCAGACCAACUUGGUGCCUUAUCCUCGGAUACAUUUCCCACUUGCUACGUAUGCACCUGUUAUAUCUGCUGAGAAGGCAUACCAUGAACAACUAAGUGUUGCAGAACUCACAAACGCAUGUUUCGAACCAGCAAACUCGAUGGUCAAAUGUGAUCCUCGACAUGGAAAGUACAUGGCUUGUUGUAUGUUGUAUCGCGGAGACGUUGUACCUAAAGAUGUCAAUUCUGCCAUUGCUACCAUUAAAACCAAGAGAACCAUCCAGUUUGUGGACUGGUGUCCAACUGGUUUUAAAGUGGGUAUCAACUACCAACCACCAACUGUUGUACCAGGAGGUGAUUUAGCCAAGGUCCAGAGAGCUGUUUGUAUGUUGAGCAACACCACAGCGAUUGCUGAAGCCUGGGCUCGUCUAGAUCAUAAAUUUGAUCUGAUGUAUGCUAAGAGAGCUUUCGUUCACUGGUAUGUUGGUGAAGGCAUGGAGGAAGGUGAAUUCUCUGAGGCUAGAGAAGAUUUAGCUGCUUUGGAAAAGGAUUAUGAAGAAGUUGGUGCUGAAGGAGGUGACGAUGAUGGGGGAGAAGGAGAAAAUGAAUAUUAA